UAAAUGGCGGAUGUCAUUGGGUGGCGCUGCUGAAAUGCCUUAUUUUCCUCUUAAUUUCCGAGGUUUUCUAAGCUUUUCUGAAUAGUUAUUAACGGUAUUUCAUAACCAAAGGUUUAAGGAUGGAAACUGAGACGGUAACGAAAACUGGUGGUCAAGUUGACGAUCUUUGCAUUGCCUUGGUUGACGCAGCCAAUGACAAACAAGGAGAUGUCAGAGAUGUUAUUAUCAUGGCUCUUCAUGAUAUUGGAAAGAAACAGCCAGAAAUGGUUCUCACUACAAUCAAAGCUUUCUUGGUUAAACAUCAAAAGCUGAGCCUUGGGCAUAGAGUAGUACUAUUGAAGGCAGCAUCAAAGGUCAUCAAGGAUUCUCUAGAUGAUCUGGACAUAAAUAUUGGCAAGCAACUGAUCAAACUUGCUUCUGAUGAAAUGACUAAAAGCAAGGACAUUGAGCCAGAAUGGCAGACAGCAGCAUCAGAAGUGCUAGUCGCUCUUGGCAAAAGGUUUGAUCAUGAAGUCAUGGCUGAACUUUUGGAUAAACUUGCUCCAGGAUCACUACCACAUUAUUUUGUCAUUCAAACAUUGGCUUCUUUGGCAGCUGCUAAUGCUUUUGGAGUCGUGCCAUUUCUGAAGGAUAUUCUUGGCAGGAUGUUGCCAAUGAUGGGAAUGGCCAAACAAGACAACAUGAAAUGGGUUUUUGCUAACUGUAAGUUGUAA